AUGCCAGGUCUCCGGAGGCUCUCCAACACGGGGGAGACGCUCCCUCGUCACAGCAGGGAGAAGAUGGCCAGAUCCCCUAUCGACGAUGUAUUCUCAGACACAGAGAGUGAAUCGGAUGUUGCAAGCCAGAUCAGCGCACAAGCCGGCGUGAAGCGGCUGGAGGCUACUGCAGCGUUGUGGUCGAAAUGGUCACUCAUAUUCGCAUAUGGCGGUCUGUACAUGAUGGCAUAUGCGACUUCGCUCGAAGGACAAGUGACUACGAACCUGACAGUAUUCGCCACGAGCUCGUUCAAGGCACACGCGCUUAUCUCGACAGUCUCGGUCAUCCAAGGAGUUGUGUUGUCAAUUGUCAAGCCACCAAUGGCGAAAGUGGCAGACGUAUGGGGACGUUUCGAAGCGUUCACGUUCAGCGUGUUCCUGUUUACUCUUGGCUAUAUUCAGCAAGCUGCCGCGAACAAUGUCAAGACAUAUGCAGCUGCCCAGAUCUUCUACUCCGCAGGCGCCACUGGACUCCAGAUCCUUCAGCAGAUCUUCAUCGCAGAUACGAGUGACUUGCUGAACAGAGCCAUUGUUUCCACGAUCCCAGAUAUCCCAUAUCUCCUGAAUGUGUGGAUUGGUCCCCCAAUAGCAAACUCGAUCCUUAAGAACCUGAGCUGGAGAUGGGGCUACGGUAUCUGGGCUAUCAUUCUUCCUGUGGCAUAUCUACCACUGGCGCUUGCUCUGUCCCUCAACCAGAGAAAGGCCGCCAAAAUGGGUAUUCUGCCUCCAUCACCGUUUGUUGGCAAGGAUUGGAUUUACACGCUCAAGAGUCUUUGGUUCGAGAUGGACGUCUUCGGCCUUCUACUCCUUCUCGUUGGCGUCGCUUUGUUGUUGAUCCCGCUUACUUUGGGUGCGAGUGCGCCUGGAGACUGGAGCAAUGGAAGCAUCAUUGCGAUGUUGGUGUGCGGUCUGGUCUGUCUCUGCAUCUUCCCACUCUGGGAGCGUAACCCACGUCUGGCACCUAGAGCUUUCUUCCCUCCACACCUAUUCCGCAGCACCACCGUCAUCGCAGGUGUGCUGAUCGCAUUCUUCUACUUCAUGGUGUACUACCUCUCUGUGCAACCAUACUUCUAUUCUUACCUUCUGGUUGUGCAGGGCAAGUCCGUCUCAGCUGCUGGCCAUAUCACCCAGACUUUUACAUUCACAGCGACUGUCACAUCAAUCUUGACUUCCAUCGUCAUCAAGUACACCAAGCACUACAAGUACUUCGUCACAGCUGGUGCUUGCAUCUACCUUGUGGGCGUCAUCAUGAUGCUUCGCUACCGAACUGAAGGUGUCUCGGAUGCUUUCCUCAUUGGCUGCCAAGUCUGCGUGGGCAUUGGCGGAGGCAUGCUUCAUGUUCCUGCUCAACUCGGUGUUCAAGCGUCCGUCGGUCAUGGUGAAGUUGGUGCAGUGACAGCUGCUUUCCUAACUAUCCUCGAAAUUGGAGGUGCUGUCGGCUCAGCGAUCUCAGGCGCCAUCUGGUCCGCGAACGUGCCAAUCAAGCUUGCUCAAUAUCUACCAGAGGAGACACGCGACCAAGCCAAGGAGAUUUUUGGCAGCGUCAAGGUCGCGUCCACGGCGUACGCUAUGGGUACACCCACCCGUAUCGCCAUCAACCGCGCCUACCAAGAGACCAUGACCAAGAUUCUUACGGUGGCUGUAUUGGUCUGCAUCCCUCUCAUCCCAUUGUCUCUCAUGAUGAAGAACUACAAACUGGAUGAGUUAGACCAACAAGUCAAGGGCACCGUCAUUGGCAACACAAGUGAAGCCAGCGACCCCUCAGAAAGAGAACCAUUCGCUGCUUCGUCGUCUGGUCACCGCCGCUAUGACAGCGAUGAAGACAUCGACUACGACUAUGAUCGCACGAUUAGAACAGUGGCCAGUAACAAUGGCUUGAGGACGUGGAAGUCAAAUGCAAGCAUGCAUUUGAAUGAUGAUUGA